ACAUCUAUAAUUUUUCUUCAAAAUCUAUUCUCUUCUCCGAACAAGUAAUAUUCUUUCGCACCUAGCUUCUUCUUUGUCGUCUGUCUUAGAGAAUCUACAGUGCAGAUGGCUGCUUCAUCGGCUUGUCUUAUCGGGAACGGACUAUCUCUCCACGCAACCAAACAAAGGUCUAAACAGUUUAGACUCUCCUCAACGUCUGCUUCACCUAACAGGACAUCUAUUGUGAAGGCUUCUUUAGAUGUGAACAAACACGAAGCACGUAGAGGCUUCUUUAAGCUUUUACUCGGAAACGCAGCAGCAGCUGGAGUGAGCUUGCUCAAAACUGGUAAAGCAAAUGCAGCAGAUGAGCAAGAGGUCUCUUCGUCUAGGAUGUCAUACUCCAGGUUCCUCGAGUAUUUAGACAAAGGAAGAGUUAACAAAGUAGAUUUGUACGAGAACGGGACGAUAGCCAUUGUGGAAGCUGUUUCUCCUGAGCUGGGUAACAGGAUCCAGCGCGUACGCGUGCAGCUACCGGGGCUGAGCCAGGAGCUUCUCCAGAAGCUGAGGGCGAAGAAUAUUGAUUUCGCGGCACAUAAUGCUCAGGAAGACCAAGGCUCUCCAUUGCUCAACUUGAUUGGGAACCUAGCUUUCCCUGUGAUUCUCAUUGGCGGUUUGUUUCUUCUCUCGAGACGGUCUUCCGGUGGUGGGAUGGGUGGUGGUGGGCCUGGUGGUGGGCCUGGCUUCCCGCUUCAGAUCGGUCAGUCCAAAGCCAAGUUCCAGAUGGAGCCAAACACUGGUGUAACAUUCGACGACGUGGCUGGUGUUGAUGAAGCAAAGCAAGACUUCAUGGAAGUGGUGGAGUUUCUCAAGAAGCCUGAGAGGUUCACUGCGGUCGGCGCUCGGAUCCCUAAAGGUGUCCUCCUCGUUGGUCCUCCCGGUACUGGUAAAACCCUCUUGGCCAAAGCCAUUGCUGGUGAAGCCGGUGUGCCUUUCUUUUCCAUCUCGGGGUCUGAGUUCGUUGAGAUGUUUGUCGGUGUUGGUGCUUCGAGGGUGCGUGAUCUUUUCAAGAAGGCUAAGGAGAAUGCGCCGUGCAUUGUCUUUGUGGACGAGAUUGAUGCUGUUGGUAGGCAGAGAGGGACUGGGAUUGGUGGAGGUAAUGAUGAAAGAGAGCAGACCUUGAACCAGCUCUUGACUGAGAUGGAUGGGUUUGAGGGUAACACUGGUGUCAUUGUUGUUGCUGCAACUAAUAGAGCUGAUAUUCUUGACUCCGCCUUGCUGAGACCAGGGCGUUUUGACCGGCAGGUGUCUGUUGACGUUCCAGAUGUUAAGGGAAGAACAGAUAUACUCAAGGUUCACUCCGGGAACAAGAAGUUUGAGAAUGGUGUUUCACUUGAAGUAAUAGCCAUGAGAACGCCUGGAUUUAGCGGAGCUGAUCUGGCAAACCUCUUGAACGAGGCGGCCAUAUUGGCUGGACGACGUGGGAAGACAGCGAUAUCAUCGAAAGAGAUUGAUGACUCGAUUGAUAGAAUUGUAGCUGGGAUGGAAGGAACUGUGAUGACGGAUGGGAAGAGCAAAAGCUUGGUUGCUUACCAUGAAGUUGGGCAUGCUGUCUGUGGGACAUUGACUCCAGGGCAUGAUGCUGUUCAAAAGGUCACGUUGAUACCAAGAGGACAGGCGAGAGGUCUGACUUGGUUCAUUCCCUCGGAUGAUCCAACUCUAAUCUCAAAACAGCAACUGUUUGCAAGAAUUGUUGGUGGACUCGGUGGUAGAGCUGCUGAAGAAGUCAUAUUUGGUGAGCCUGAGGUGACAACUGGCGCGGUUGGUGACUUGCAACAGAUCACCGGUUUGGCUAAGCAGAUGGUGACAACAUUUGGGAUGUCUGAAAUUGGACCAUGGUCGCUAAUGGACUCAUCAGCUCAAAGCGAUGUGAUUAUGAGGAUGAUGGCAAGAAACUCAAUGUCUGAGAAGCUUGCAAAUGACAUUGAUUCAGCGGUGAAGACGCUAUCAGACCGGGCGUACGAGAUAGCUUUGGGACACAUAAGGAACAACCGUGAAGCCAUGGACAAGAUUGUUGAAGUACUUCUCGAGAAGGAGACUAUGUCUGGUGAUGAGUUCCGAGCAAUCCUAUCAGAAUUUACCGAAAUUCCACCUGAGAACCGUGUGGCUUCUUCCUCAACAUCAACAUCAACACCAACACCAGCUCCUGUUUGAGUAAACGAGACAUUUGAAUGAAUCUCUUCUUGUGUAUAUCCUAAGAUACUACUUCCCAUUCUCUGUAACAAGUAUGUCUCGUUGGAGUAUAAUAGACAAACUCAGUUAUAUAUAUA